AUGGAAGAGGGCGAGAGCCCAACUAGAUUUGAGUCAGAACUUAGCGACAUUGAGGAGGAAAUUAAUGUGUCCGAUAAGGACGACUUAGAGGGCCAGUCCGAAUCAGACUCCGACGAUGCAUUGGGCGAGGAUUCUACCUCCUCCUUCAGCACCUUCCCCGUGACGUUUUCAGGGGCCCAG